AAAAUAUAGUUGAUGGCAACGGUAACAAAAUGAUACAACAAUCACUUUUGAGUUUAUUCGUUUUUACACAAAGUUUAUUUUCUAUUAAUGCUUUAGAAUUUAAAAACUGCGAUAAAACCGACUCCAGCAGUUCUUUUUUUGCAUUUAAAUACGCUGACUGGAACAACACAGUUAUUGAUUUUCAACAGUACAAAGGAAACGUUUCUUUAGUGGUAAAUGUUGCCACUUUUUGAGGUUUAACAACACCAAACUUUCUUGAAUUAAAUGCACUUAUUAAAAAAUAUUCAAGAAGUAAUGGAUGUUCGCUCAAUGUCAUUGCAUUUCCUUCAAAUCAGUUUAACCACCAAGCACCAGGAACCAGUGACGAGUUUCGUCGAACUCUGCGAUAUGUGCGUCCAGGAAAUGACUAUAUACCUAUGAUGGAUGUAUUUCAAAGGGUAGAUGUAAACGGGGUUAAUGAAGCCGCUCUGUUUACUUGGCUCAAGAGUCGUUGUGAAGCACCCUCUGGAAUAAUUGUUGAUUCAAAUUAUGCUUUAUGGAGUCCAAUUCGCUCAAGAGAUAUAUAUUGGAACUUUGAAAAGUUCUUAAUAGAUAGUAACGGAUUUUUAGUGCGAAGAUACUCAGCCAAUAGUAAUCCAUCAACAUUUGAUAGCGAUAUUAAUGAACAGAUUACUAAAUGUUUAAAGUUAUACCAUAAGUUGCCAUGAACUUAGUUGUUUGUGUUUUACUUUUGUUUUUAUAUUUUAAAGUAAUAACUUGACUUGUAUUUAAUAUAUUCGACUUUACCAAGUGAAAACCUUUUAAAAAGCAACAAAGCUGUAAAAGGUUCGAUGUAAAUGACAGUUGUUUUAGUAUAUGUGCAUUUAUACGUUCAACUGUUUAUUUAGGUAAAUAGAUUUAUAAAUAUAAUGUUGAUUUUU